AUGCCCAAAAGAUCAGGAUCUCAACUUUCCAGAAAUAGUUCCCAGGCGACGGCAUUAAAAAUACGUCGUAAAGGAGAAUCUUCAUCAGAAACUAACUAUCGUCUUGCAAAUCAGAGAGAAUACGCGUCGCAAUCGCGUGCCAGAGAGUUGAGUAUUGAGCGUUCUCAUUGGCUUGAGGAACAAAAUUUGAGAAUCUCUCAAGUACGCGCGCGAGAGUCGAGUGUCGAGCGUUCUCAGCGGCUUGAGGAACAAAAUUUGAGAACCUCUCAAGUACGCGCGCGAGAGUCGAGUGUCGAGCGUUCUCAGCGGCUUGAGGAACAAAAUUUGAGAACCUCUCAUGUACGCGCGCGAGAGUCGAGUGUCGAGCGUUCUCAGCGGCUUGAGGAACAAAAUUUGAGAACCUCUCAACUACGCGCGCGAGAGUCGAGUGUCGAGCGUUCUCAGCGGCUUGAGGAACAAAAUUACUUCAACGCGCCGAGAGUCGAGUGUCGACGUUCUCAGCGGCUUGAAGGAACAAAAUUUGAGAACCUCUCAAGUACGCGCGCGAGAGUCGAGUGUCGAGCGUUCUCAGCGGCUUGA